ACCGCGGCGCCGCCGGCGCCCCCGCCGCCGCCGCCGACCCUGGCGGCCAGCUGCCCGGCCGGCGCGGGGCCCGGCAUGAUCCUCGGGCCAACUAUGCAAGGGGCGCUGCCCGCCGCCGCCGGCACCCCCACCGGGCUGCCCAAGGGCUCGGCCAGCGCUGUCGCCCAGAGCCUGCCCCGCACGCCCUCGGCCACCACCAGUGGGAUCCGGGCCACGCUGACGCCCACCGUCCUGGCUCCUCGCCUGCCACAGCCGCCCCAGAACCCGACCAACAUCCAGAACUUUCAGCUGCCCCCAGGUAUGGUCCUCGUGCGCAGCGAGAAUGGGCAGUUGUUAAUGAUUCCUCAGCAGGCCUUGGCCCAGAUGCAGGCCCAGGCCCACGCCCAGGCCCAGCCUCAGACCACCAUGGCGCCCCGCCCUGCAACCCCCACAAGUGCCCCUCCCGUCCAGAUCUCCACCGUACAGGCACCUGGGACCCCUAUUAUUGCACGGCAGGUGACCCCAACGACCAUAAUUAAACAAGUGUCUCAGGCCCAGACGACGGUACAGCCCACCACGGCGUUACAGCGCUCGCCCGGAGUGCAGCCUCAGCUUGUUCUGGGUGGCACUGCCCAGACAACCUCACUUGGGACGGCAACGGCUGUUCAGACGGGGACACCUCAGAGAACGGUCCCAGGGGCCACCACCACCUCCACAGCUGCCACGGAAACUAUGGAAAACGUGAAGAAAUGUAAAAAUUUUCUAUCUACAUUAAUCAAACUGGCGUCAUCGGGUAAACAGUCCACAGAGACAGCGGCUAAUGUGAAAGAGCUGGUGCAGCACCUGCUGGAUGGAAAAAUCGAAGCAGAAGAUUUCACUAGUAGGUUAUACCGAGAACUUAAUUCUUCACCUCAACCUUACCUUGUGCCUUUCCUGAAGAGGAGCUUGCCGGCCUUGAGACAGCUGACCCCUGACUCCGCAGCCUUCAUCCAGCAGAGCCAGCAGCAGCAGCCGCCCGCCUCGCAGGCUAGCACUGCGCUCACGGCUGUGGUGCUGAGCAGCUCCGUCCAGCGCACGGCUGGGAAGACGGCGGCCACCGUGACCAGCGCCCUCCAGCCCCCUGUCAUCAGCCUCACGCAGCCCACACAGGUUGGCGUUGGCAAGCAGGGGCAGCCCACGUCGCUGGUGAUCCAGCAGCCGCCCAAGCCUGGAGCACUGAUCCGGCCCCCGCAAGUGGCGCUGACGCAGACGCCCAUGGUGGCCCUCCGGCAGCCUCACAGCCGCAUUGUGCUCACGGCACCCCAGCAGGUCCAGCUCAGCCAGCUGCAGCCAGUCCCUGUGGUGAAACCUGCCGUGUUACCCGGAACCAAAGCUCUUUCUGCUGUCUCGGCCCAGGCAGCUGCUGCACAGAAAAAUAAACUCAAGGAGCCUGGGGGAGGCUCAUUUCGGGACGACGAUGACAUUAACGAUGUUGCGUCGAUGGCUGGAGUAAACCUGUCGGAAGAAAGUGCAAGAAUAUUAGCCACAAACUCUGAGCUCGUGGGCACCCUCACGCGGUCCUGUAAGGACGAGACCUUCCUCCUCCCGGCACCUUUGCAGAGACGAAUACUAGAAAUAGGUAAGAAACACGGCAUAACGGAGUUACACCCAGACGUGGUGAGUUACGUAUCACACGCCACGCAACAGAGGCUGCAGAACCUCGUAGAAAAAAUAUCAGAAACGGCUCAGCAAAAGAACUUCUCCUAUAAGGAUGAUGACAGAUAUGAGCAGGCAAGUGAUGUCCGGGCUCAGCUCAAAUUUUUUGAGCAGCUUGACCAAAUCGAAAAACAGAGGAAAGACGAGCAGGAAAGAGAAAUCUUAAUGCGGGCAGCAAAGUCUCGGUCCAGACAAGAAGAUCCAGAACAAUUAAGGUUGAAACAGAAGGCAAAAGAGAUGCAGCAGCAGGAAUUGGCACAGAUGAGGCAGCGCGACGCCAACCUCACAGCGCUGGCCGCCAUCGGGCCCAGGAAGAAGAGGAAAGUGGACUCUCCAGGACCGGGGUCGGGGACAGAGGGGUCGGGCCCGGGCUCAGCGGUCCCAGGCAGCUCCGGCGUCGGAACCCCCAGACAGUUCACGCGACAAAGGAUCACGCGGGUCAACCUCAGGGACCUCAUAUUUUGUUUAGAAAAUGAACGCGAGACAAGCCAUUCACUGUUGCUCUACAAAGCGUUCCUUAAGUAGCACAGGACGGUCGGCAUCUCGGAGGGAGACGCCUGGGGACGUUUUUAUAUAUUUGCAGAUUACGCCUUUUUGUAACAAGCAAAUGGGAUAUUGUUUAAAAAACAGCCACCUCUUUGCAAUGGAACAGUUUUAUAUUCCUGUUUCUAAGUCAGCUCUUCAGUGCGGAAGAAAACACGUUUCUGUAACAGAAUUCAGAAGCCCGUGGACACUCUUAAAGGACAGUUAAAUCCUAACUCAUCUUUGAUUGAGUGGCCUUCUUGCCAAACAAGCCAUAUAUAAAAACUGACGGAAUCGUUUAGCAAAUAAUUAGCCGCCCUCUGUCACCUCGUAGCGGUCUUUACAUUACUUGUGCAUUUGGUUUAGUUCAACCCCACUUACUACAUAGGUGUGUGUCUGCAGCCAAUGACCUCAUUUCACUUAUUUUAUUUUUAUAUUAGUCAGUUGGCAAAGCAAACUGAUGUUUUAGACUAUUUAUCUUUCUCCCCUCCUUCCCCUCCGCUCAGAAUUCUCGAGGAACACACAAUUCAUGGCAACGCCCCUCCUCGGAGUUCAGUCACUGUUCCUGGUUAGUGGAGCCCAGUGCUGGCGGCCCCUCUGAAUGUGUGGUCAGCAUCUGUACAAACGCAUUUUAUUUGCUAGAGUUUGUAAAGCUGUAAAGUUAAAAGAAAUGAAAACCUUUUCAGCAUAAAUAUAUUUUACUUGCACUGUGUUUUUUAGCUAAAAGUGAAAGCUUAGAUGAAAUAAAAUCAAAAUUGAGAAGAAUCAUCAAAAGAAUGUUUCUCAGUGUGAAUCAAGUGUUGAAAAAUGGUUGGUGUAUUUUGUCGGUAAUUGUACAUAAUUUUUGGCACAUAACAUAAAAAUGGCUACGUAAACUAUAAUUAUUUUGCUAAGAGACUGUGCGAGCUGUGGGCCACCUUUACAGAUGUCCAGAGCAAAGCCCCUUCUUUGUACCUAUUUUUUUAUUACAAAUAUACUAAUUGGUUCUUUAUAUUUUCAGAGGUUAUUGUAUUAAAUUGUCUAUUGAUAGUACUUUUAUGAUUGUAAAUACUUUGGCUCCCCCGUGUGGACCUUCACGUUAGACUUUGAUUCGCGCGCGUGCGAACUGAAUGCUGACCAGUAUUUUUAUCAACACCUGAGAACUGUUACGCCUUUUCUUUUGUCUUUUAGGAAAUCCCUGUCUUUCCAUUUUUUCAUGUAAAUUUUGCACAGUUACU